AUGAAUUUAGAAUUAUUUAUAAGGAAUAAAUUGUUCGCCCUUGGUUUACAUGAAGAGACAUUUGGCGAAUAUAUUGCAGGAAUUAUCACCGAUGAAUCACUAGAAGAGUCGGAAAAACGAGAAGCCAUUUCCGAAUUUAUAUCGGGCGCAACAGACAAACCAUCAGAAUCAAUAAUAGAUGAUAUAUUUAAAGCAAGGAUCGAAUUUGAAAAAGAAGAGCAAAAAACCAAAGAAGCUGAUGAGAAACUUAAGCAAGAGCAAGAACCAAAGGAGUGUGAAGAUGCUGCUUUACAACAUAAUUAUGAACAUGCUUCAACUUCUAUCGAAUCCACUACGAUAACGCUUCGUAAUCCAAAAAAACAACUUACGAAAGAAGAACGCAAAAGACGCGAACAACUGCUCGCGAGAUAUAAUUUGUUACAAACCAAUCGUAAUGCAGAACAAGUAAAGCAAAAAGAACAAUUUCGAAGGGAGCAAAUGAGAAAGCAACAUGAGGAAGAAAAAGAAAGAAAUCGUAAACUAUUAGAAAAACAACAAGAAGAUAAAGAAAAAGCAAAAAGGAAGACAAUGAAAAGAGAAAAAAGAAGUUGGUAG